UACAGACAAAAGAUAUGAAAUAGUCGCUUGCGCGCGCGCAUUCAACCGCGCGACAGAUCGGUUGGCGCACGUGCGCUAUUACUGUAUGUGAUUAAAAAAAUAUCGAUUCUUAAAAAUGAUGCUCGCGGGAGCCGAGAUAGUGAAAGAGAGUGUAGCGUUCAAGAAAGACGAAACUGGAAAUUCUGAAGCGGUUAUCACUCCCGGGCCUUCCCAGCCCGAAGUACCCACGGGCGGGAUGGGUCUCUCCCGGGUGCCGACCAGGGAACCCGUCGAUAUCCAGUUCUCAAACAUCACCUGUACUGUAUCGCUGGGAAUAAACAAAGGAACCAAACAAAUUCUACACAGUGUGAAUGGCAGGCUUCGUCCAAAACAAUUAAUUGCUAUUAUGGGUCCGUCAGGCGCUGGCAAGUCCACUUUACUAGACGUCCUCUCCGGAUACAGAAUAACAGGCGUUGGAGGUGCCAUAUUUAUCAACGGACGAGGAAGGAUUAUGAAGAAUUUUAAGAAAAUGUCAUGCUACAUCCAGCAAGACGACAGAAUCCAGGGCCUUCUGACGGUAGGGGAGAACAUGACAUUAGCUGCCGAUCUGAAACUACCCACGAGAAUGGACAAGUACGAAAAAUUAGAAGUGAUCGAAGACAUCCUAACGAACUUGGGGUUAUACGAACACAUGAACACUCGCGGUGCACAACUUUCAGGAGGCCAACGAAAGAGACUUUCCAUUGCUUUGGAGCUCAUUAACAACCCCUUAGUUAUGUUCCUUGACGAGCCUACCACAGGUUUAGACAGUUCAUCUUGCACCCAAGUUGUCCAGCUAUGUAGAAGUCUUGCUCACCAAGGCCGAACUAUUGUCUGCACGGUUCACCAGCCAUCAGCCUCCUUGUUCGCUCUCUUCGAUCAAGUUUACGUAUUAGCGGCAGGAAACUGUCUGUACCAGGGCACCACCAGGAACCUCGUACCUUAUGUCGAGGAUGCGGGACUCCCUUGUCCAAUUUACCACAACCCUGCCGAUUACAUCAUAGAAUUAGCGUGCGGUGAAUACGGUGAAGACAAAAUACCUAUCUUAACAACAAAGGCUGAAAACGGUAAAGCACUACAAUGGUUCGAUGAUCAUGAGACUAUUGCUACGAUGGAAGAACUCAGGAAACAAUAUCCAUUAAGCGUGAUGCGAGGACAGGACAGAAGUACAGGAGAAGAGGAAACGCCCCAGUCUAACCAAAGAUCCGUCCUCAUUAGGCGGGGAUUCCUUAAAGCUAAACGUGAUCCCACGAUGACACAUCUCCGGUUGAUAGUAAACGUAGUAGUAGGAAUUAUGUUAGGAGCACUUUUCAUCAACGCUGGCAAUGAAGGUUCUCGUGUCUUGGAGAACUAUAACCUUUUGUUUGCAAUUCUCAUGCACCACAUGAUGUCGCCUAUGAUGUUGACCAUUCUGACUUUCCCAUCAGAAAUGUCGAUAUUACUAAAGGAACACUUCAACAGAUGGUACUCUCUAGGAUCUUAUUAUGUAUCGAUAACAAUCGUCGAUUUACCGAUUUCGAUAGUGUCGUGCGCGAUAUUCAGCGUGAUCGUGUACCUGAUGUCGUCGCAGCCGCUGGACGCCGCGCGCUUCGCCAUGUUCUUCGCCAUCUCGCUCUACACCGUGCUUGUGGCGCAGAGCUUCGGACUAAUGAUCGGUGCCGUCUUCAACGUUGUGAACGGAACGUUCCUCGGGCCAACGCUGUCAGUACCGAUGAUGAUGUUCGCUGGCUUCGGUGUCACACUACGAGAUUUGCCAUCAUACCUCUACUGGGGUUCCUACAUUUCAUACCUGAGAUACGGUCUGGAGGGCUACAUUGGUGCUAUUUAUGGCUUGGAUAGACCCACCCUGGACUGCAAUGGAGCAAAAUACUGUCACUAUAGGUAUCCUCGUACGUUCCUGAAGGAGAUCGCCAUGUCUCCAAACAAUUUCUGGUGGGACAUCCUCGCUCUGACCGUGACUCUGUUCGUCUUGAGAACCGCUGCUUUUCUUCUGCUCAAGUGGAAACUAAGCGCCGUCCGAUAAUCUUAUUCCUCACUUUUGUGUAUAUAAUUAUUAAUUACAGGUAUGUUUAUAAAUAAUAAUUAAUAGUUGGGUAGAGUGACCUUUUAUUGCUCAAUUAAACUUAGUCUUUGAAAGUGUAAUUUUUUGGUAAAAAUAAAAAUAAAUAUUUUAAGCGGAUUCGAGUUGAAUGAGAUUAGAUUUUGAUGUUUUUUUUAUUCCUAAGAAAUGUGUGAUUUUUUUAUUUUAUUUUUCAAUUGUGAUUAUUAUUAAAUUGUUAUUGGAUAGAGUUUUAUUUGAGGGUUGAUAAAUUGAUUAGCGCAACUGAGUAUAAUAUAAUACUUUAAUUCUUAUUGUUAUUAGGUUGUUUAUAAUUGCCAAUGUAUACGUUAGCUAAGGGAUUUGACAUUGAUUAAGUCCAAACAAAUUGAAUUAAAAAUAUUUUUAUACUAUUUGUACAUAUCGAUAGUACAAAUGACUUGGUUAUUGUGAUAUAAAGACGAUUUCUGUUUCCUGAAUAUGAUUUUUAAUAUUGUAUAAGCCGUAAUCAAAGAACAAACGAUAUUAUUUUGAGUAGUUAUUGUUUAAUGCUAUAAAUCGUACUGUGAUAUACAACGCCAUUUCUAAUUAUAUCAUAUGUAAAAUAUAACUUACGUUAUGUAUCAAAAUUAUAUAUAAAAUAAAUUAAUUAAGGGUAAGUGCAUAUACUUUUUUGCUUAAUUAUUUAUACAUGUCCAAAGUAGUAAAAGUCUAACAUUACUACAAGUAUAAACUAUUUUACUCAUAUUUUUCAAGUUUUUGACAAAUAUUUGUCUCGUAAAUAAUAAUGCAAUGUUAAAGUAAAAAUGACUAAUCAUUGUUUUAUAACAAUGAAUAUGUAAGUAUUCUUUAUCAGUCUUUAUCAGGUAAACAUAAUUUUUUAUUAAAUUUUCUACAGUAACUUAUGUGUGUUUUGAUUGUACAUAAAAAUAUUUAGGGGGUAGGUACUAUAGAAGUUACCUGGGACCAAUGAUUUUACGGUUAAAAUGGUCCGAAAUUAUGUUUUGUUUAGAUUAAAUUAUAUCUUACGUAUCUACUAGAAAUGUAGAUAUGAAAAGAAUAAA